AUGGCGGCGAUGGAGGAAACGGUGGUUCCAUAUAUUUACGUGCAAAUGAGCAUAUAUAGGACUUUCAUUCAUUCAAAAAGACUAAAAUUAUUGGAAAUUAAGGUCAAUCAGGUGCCAAAGGAGGUCGCUUUGGUAAAAGUGGGAAAGAUUUACACAUAAGUAUUCCUAUAGGGACUUUAGUGUAUUAAAUAUUAAAUGAAACAUCUACAAUAAAUUCCCAUGGCAUAAGAAAAAAAGGGAAAGAAGUACUAAUCGUAUAAGGCGGAAAAGGUGGUAGAGGAAAUUAAAACCAUCGUUCAAUAUUAUAAAACGAAAAAGGAGGAGAAGGUUAACAAAAAUAAAUAUAUUUAGAAUUAAAAACAAUAGCCGACUGUGGGCUUGUAGGCUUUCCAAAUGCCGGAAAAUCGACUUUUCGAACUAUCCAUUUACUACAUUAAGUCCUUUAGUUGGAAAAGUAAAAUUUAUUGA